UUCAAUUUGAAAAACGUAGCAAGACAGUUCCACAUGUAAGAAGUGCUUAGUAGUUAAUUACUUAGCCUUGCUCUUGCGUCUACGCACACAAGUCCUCAACCACAAUGGAACGCCAUUGAUUUCUAUCGUUUUCCCGUCUGUAUUCUGUCGGUCAAACUGCUCCCAUGUCCAGCUUCUGUAUCUCAUUCCCCUUCAAGUUUCCCUUCGAGCAGCGCUAGCUCAGCAGCUCUCAUCUGAUUUUUCACACUCAGGUCGUUUCGUUUGUCAAACACGAGGAUCGUAUGUGGACUCUAGAAUUCUAGUCACCUUCCACACCCCAAGCUCUACAUGAGAGACCUUAGAUUUCCAUAGCUUUUGUUGAAGUUGGUCAAAUCCUAAAGUUUUAUCUAGAAAUUCACAUGAGAAUUACCAUACCGAGCAUCAUUAACACUACCACAGGGAAAUAUUGCUCAGUAGCCUUCAUAUGAAUGCUGACACACAAGGGCGUCUUUACAGCCUCAGACGAGUUAGAACCUCGAUCGAGCUCCUUGUACAGGAUGGUAAACAGUGCCAGACGGUAGAAAACUGCUCAGUAGCUUUCGCUCGAAUACAAAAUUAAAAGUAAGUCAAUUAAGAAUAAGCUAUCACUUGUAAGGCUUUCUUUUAUUGGCUUAAAAGUUAACUAGCAUCACCUUGAACAGCUGCCAGUGAAAGUGAAACUUUUGCAUGAAGUUACUGCUCAGCUGUAUGAUUUUACAUGAUUGACAAUCAUCUUUUUUUUUAGCUCCAGACGUUGGAGUAAGAUAUGCCAUGAAGCUUCAGGUUCGUAGAAUUCCGACGUAUAACAUGUAGUUCUAUGUCGAAGAAGUAUCUGAAAGCUUUUAGGGGAAUUGUGGCAAGUUUCACUGCCUACAAACCUCUUAAUGGCGUUUACAAGCAAAGAGCGAACUAAUCGAUGACCGACCAUGUUCAAAUUCCAAUUUCGUCUCGCAGAGUGAAUGCACAUUGCUGACCCAGAUGACUCAAAAUAAUUAUAUGACAAUAAUAGUAAAAAUUGUGGUCAUUUCCAUGUCCGAAAGAGAACCGUUUCUUUAAAAAUUCGUCUAAAUUCGAAAACUAUAAAACUAGACUUUCAACCAACCUUGGGCUCGUGCCAGACACAAGACAUACCGACAGCCUUCAAUAAAAACAAUUUCACCAAUUUGAAUGAUUAUUGGUAGAGGUAUUUUACGCUACCAUUUUAAUUUAAGUGCAUUCGAACCGCAAAAAUGAUCGGGUUGUUUCUUGAAGACAUCAUGGAUCAUGGAUUAUGGAUCAUGGAUCAUAGAAUAGGUAUUUUAACCACAGAAAUAUUUUGAUUGAUUGGUAUGUUUUCGAUGGAAUAAAAUGACGGAGCGCAUGAUACCAAAAUUUGUACGCGGAAGUAGGAUAUAGCCACAGUAGACGAUAAAAAUGACUUACGAAGCAAGAUUAAGGUUAACUACUGAGAAAAAGACAUUGUUGUCUGGUUCGUAACCAAUUAGAAAUGUUUUUCACUGUCGGAAUCAACAGUAGCUUGUCCAGGCAAGUUUCAACUUUGACUUUCAUGGAGUAUGCGUCUUUUCAUACAAUGUGACGGUUCAUUCAUUAACGAAGAAUCGUUCACAGAAAUAAAUGCACUGUUUGCUGCCUUCUUUUAGAUCAACACGUCACUUUGAGAUUAUGCUCGUAAACAUCCAAGAAGUUUCGAAACUAGCUUGGGUGAUGUCUUGGCAAUUUCCCCAAACGAAUCCAACAUGUUUGUAAGCCAAAGUAUAUUUACCGCUUUGACUAUGUUCUGAGAACCGUAGUUCCGUUUCCAAAAUAAAUUUUAUGAAAAUUAGUCCUGUUCUCACUGUAACAUAUCAUCUACUGCAGACUAUCGAACAUGAUAUUAAUUAGCAAGGGGUUUCGAUUCUUCAUUAAGGAUCGGGCUUAAGAUCGUCAACCAUUGUGAUUCGAAUCUUAAAGGCUGCUUUCAGCCCAAAGGGAUUUUCCCUUUCUCGGUAAACAGGAACUUCGUGCUUCUGAAGCGCCCAAGUGGAACAACAUCUUAAAAAUAAAUCUAUUGUAAUUAUAACCUACGGCUCAUUUCUCAAUAAUCAGCUAUUGGAUGAAACAGUUUAUUAUCAGGCUGAAGUCUAGGUACGUUCUGUUAAAAAAAGUUUCGAUCUUAUUACUAUAGCUUUAUAACUGACACUGUGACUCAAAUGCAAGUUAUGUUUAUGUUACGCUCUCUUUUUUCGAAUCAUCUCAGAAGGAUCUCGAAAUAACUGCAUAAAUUUGUUUGACUCGUCAGGAGACAUCUAGUAAGUAAAAUAUGUAUGAUUCCUUCUAUUAACUCAUUCAUCUCAUUCAUUUGCCAACUUUUAGCGCAAUCUCAAGAAAAAAAUACCGCCAUGAAAUCCAUUCAAAAACAUUCCUGUGAAAAGUGUGCUUCAUCCAGGCUUCAUCUCUUGGUUUCAUAAUGAAAACCUAAAUAGCUUUAUUAUGCACAGAAAAACUUAAACUGUAAAGAGUUGAUUGUUACUUUUUGGUUUUGGUUUAAUUGUUUAUACCUCUACACGGAGAUAUUGACGGCUUCUAGUUAGAGAGCGUUUGAUAUUACUACGUUGUUUGACUGGCAUCAGAGAGACUUGUGUCAGAAAAUCCUUACAUGAUGUUAUGAAAUUGAGACGAACUUAUCAAAAGCGUCUCGUUGCGAAAGUGAUAAGUUUCAUCUGCUCUGUUUUAUUCUUCAUGGUGGGCGUUUGCUAAGUCAGGUAUGAGUUAUUAUAUUUUUGGGCGAUGUUAACGUCAUAGAGUGUUACAUUUACUUAGAGGGAUACACCAGAGUGGUGUUUUACAGAUAAAUACCAAAGAGGUAAACUUAAGUCAAGAGAAAAACGGGGUUUGUCCUAAGAUGGCGAAGAACGCAAUAAGUAAUUAAAAAUUUCAAACUUGAAACGUCCUUUAAAUUUAGAGGCAUGAACCGUGAAUGUGAGUAAUUAGCUGAUAAGACAAUAGCUUCAACAACAUCGGGACUAUAAUUUCUCUUUCUCGCACAAGCACGUUUACUCGGUGAUAUCAUGAAAGGUUUCACGCAAAUUUUACCGAUAAAGAAGGGAAAAUGUAAGAUGCUUUGAAGCAGUCAACCAAUCAAUCAAUUAUCGAAAGUCGACAACGCGGUCAAGUUUUGAUGCUCUUUCGAAUUUUUUAUCGGUUUGCAACGUCAAUGGAUUUAAGAUGCAUGAAAUGAAUUUGGACAAUAAAGAUAGAGAUGACUACCCACAUCAAAUAGCUCUGCUAUUUUCAACCAUAGUGCUGAAACAGCCUUUCAAGAAUGAAAAGUUCGCUUCCUGAUUUUGAUGUUAUUUAGUUACUCUGAAUUAUUGGAACAGGAACAACUGAUGGCGUUUCGUGAACGCGGAAGAUGAAACAUUCGGCGAUACAAAAUGCCUUGGUUACCGAAAGAUGAAGACGACGUCAAUUAUUUUUCUCAAAUUUAUCAUUAACAUCGAAUAGUUUUCUAAGGCACGAAAAUUGUAAAUAUUAUCCUAUUCAGCCUUCCAUCGAUCAUUUGACGAAUACCGUAAUUCUGCAUAGAUGGAGGUUGACGAAACAGUACUAGGAAGAUUAAUUGAUGAGUAAUUUUCAGCCAAUUUCCUCCAAGCUGGAAAAAAGCAAGUAUAGUAGUUGGGGGUGGGAGCGCAGUUUCAAAAAGCUGCGCGCCAACCACAAACCACUAUUCUACUGGGAGACGUUCGAUGUAACCAUGUCACGCCAACACGAAAUGUGCUCCAAAAAUGGCUAUAGUAUAAUGAAAGAGAAAAAAUUCCGAGAAAACAUUUUUUUUAAUAUUCGAUAACCAUACUAUGAAAACAUUUCUCGGAAUUCUUACAUAUUAUUGGCGCAUUUUGUGUUAGGGUGACAUGGUCACAUCGAACAUGUUUCCUCAAUAUAUUUAAACUACUUUAGGAGCGCAUUUUGUGUCGGCAUGACGUGGUUACAUCGUCUCCCAGUAGAAUAGUAGCUGGGUGGUUGGAGCGCAGUUUUUUUGAAACUGCGCUCCCGCCCCCAACUACUAUAACACUAAAGCAGAAAGUCCUAUCGUCCUCUUGAUCCGUUUAUAAUGCAAUUUGGCGUUACCGUGGCAACCUUUUGCAUGAACCCUUACGAGUGUCACAUUUUUUUCUAAGAGCUACAGACAAACAGCUACCAUUCCUGUUUACCAAUGGUUUCAGUGAUCAUGUUUACCAAACGUUGUCUUUAUUCGAUUCUAGUCUUUUGAGGUCACACUUCUGCUUCUUCGUAUUCUUCAAUGGCUACCAUGGCAACUUUCCCUCCAGUACAUCAUGCACAUGAAAAUCUGUCCAUCUGCCCUGUACCAAGUGAUAUCCUCGAUAAUGACUUACAGCACUUGUGGAGCCUAGUGAGUCCUUAUCCUUUAAAUUUUGAAGAAGAAUUUCCCACUGGUCCCUUGGAUUUGUCCAUUUUGUCUGAUAUACCGGACGAAAAUGGCAGCCUUGUUGAUUCAUUAUAUAACCCGCAGACAGAUCUCGGUGCGCAAGUUGGAGUGAAUACUUUCCAAACGCCUCCUACACCAGAACCUGAGCCGGAUUUCGUACAAAAAUUUUCCCCUGCGAUUCAAGCAAUAGUCAGUCAACCACAGCAAAUGCCAUCUCAUGACCUAAAUAUUUUGAAUGAAGGAAAUUUUAAUAGCAAAGAGAGAGAGCCAACACCUCCCAUGGAGAUUCAACAUGGAGAACCCAGAGGUUUGUCAGAUGGUUCUAAGAAAAAAAUUUUUGCUGCUAUAAUUAUGUUUAAUCCUUUAACCCUUAGAAUUGAGCAAGUCGUAAGGACUCUCAACAAGUUCAAUUAACUAUCCAGGAAAUAGAAUUAAAAAAGUCAUUCGCUAGAGAGUGUCUUCUCGAUGCUCGAUGGUGGAUGAAAUUUCGAAUUUUCGAAUAAAUGGACAAAGAGGAAAGGAAGAAAUAACUACUUGUCGGAUUUGAUAAAUAAAAGGCAAAACUGGACCGUGCCCUGUCAGGCCUCGCAGGCAUAGAUCACUUUUUUCAAAGCGCACAGUAUAUGCUGUAGUUCAUAUAACCAAAACAGAUAUGUUUCCGUUCAUCGAGGUAAUGAAACAUCUUUGUCACUUAGAGCGCUACUUUGUCUGGUUUUUUCAGAUUCGACAGUAAGUGAGAGGAAGGAAAACAACGAGUUGGAACAUAAGAAAAAUCUUCUUCCAAAAGUCGAUCAAAAGCCUGAAAUAAAAACUGGUAAGUAAAAAGCUAAAAAAAAGGCAGGGCAUUCGUUUUUCUUCCCAUACUCAGUCUCUCCAAAAGCAGCAUGCCCAUCCCAAGUUUAAAAACAAACGACUAUUAUAAUAAUUUUCAUUGCCAAUUCCGUUACAAUUGUCCCUGCUGUGGUCAUUAUCACUGGAUAUUGGAAACUGCAUAGCUAAUCCAAUUCCAUAAGCCAAAGGCAUUGCAAUUGUCUUCGCCUUUGGCAAUGCCUUUGCCACUCCAAAUUUCCUAUUAUUAUUGUUAUUACCAUUGCCAAUGCCACAGCCAUCGCUAUCGACAUUGCCAUUGCCAUUAAAGCUACCAUUGCAGCUGCCAUUGCGAUAGUUCCCAUUGCCAUUUUCAUUGCCACUGCCACUAUCACUAUCACUGUCACUUCCACUGCCACUACCAGUACUACUGUCAUUGUCACUUCCACUGCCACUUCCACUGCGGCUGCUGCUGCCAUUUUCAUUGGCAUUGCAAUACCCACUUCGGUUGCCACUGCCAUUGUUAUUGCUAUUGCCAUUACCAAUGAUAUAUUCAUCAUUUGUCAUUGCUUUUGGUUGUCUUUCUCAUCUCGUCGUUUACGCUACCAUAACCGUUAUCGUUACAUGAUCACUGGUAGUUCUUUCGUCGUUAUCAUUAUUUGUAUUUUCAUUCGCUCAAGUCCUUGACUAUUCAUUACCUUAUCUUUUAGAAGAAGAGGAAGAAGAAGAUAACGGAGAAGAUGACCGUCCAGCUCGUCGCUGCCAUACCCGGUACGCUCUUCGCAAUAUCAUUGGAGGUUCAUCCAACAAACAAUGCCGACCCACAGGUAUAUAAGUUCACAUCAACCUAAACCCAGAUGUAUUUUUUAUAUUCUUAUGAUGAUGCUCAGAAAACUCGCAAGUCAUCCAGAGAUAGCUUACAAACCAAUAAAUUUGAUAAAUGGUGAAUAUGUAUUAUCAUCGGUACCAGUUAGUAAAAAUGUUCGGGGAAGGGACACGCUCAGAUAAUGUUCUUGAAAAUUAAAGCACAGGCCAUCCUGUUUUCGUGUUUGCAUAAAUCAAAACCACUAACAUGUUGUGCUCAACUGAGGUUGCAUUCAGUUUGUGACACCCCAGCAUUUUAAACCACCUUCGUGUUUAAAAAAAAAAAUUACAGACACAUCUCGGUCCUGGAAUACGAUGAAAUCUUCUGAUUUGGUUGGCAACAUCCAAAAACGACGACAGGUAAAGAAAAUCCGCCUCCACUAGCGUCCUCCUUCCUCCAACCAUUGGGGGGCCUAUAAAUUCACAAGAAGGCAACUCUUUCUCGGUAAUUUCCAAAUCCGUAGCUCUAUGUCCGUAGCUCUAUGAUUAAAUGGAAACCGUUUUAGUUCAGAAAGGUUCUCGAGUUAGUUUUUGAUGGGAUGAAAAACUUAAAACAUAACGCAGGCUUCAAACAUAAGUCACAAGAGCGCUUCCCAAAUGAGUGUCCCUACACCAGAGGCAAAAUAGUCGCAACGGCUGGUCAAAAUAAAGGAAAAUGCUUCUACGAGCCUGAAUUCGUCUAACUAACUUCAGCAUUAAGUUUUUUUCAAAUGAUGAAACCUUCCUUUCCUUUUUUUUUUUUUUCAUUUUUUCAUUUUUAGUUCGGAAAACAGUUGUCCUGUGGAAGUUUCUUGAAGAGCUUCUUGAUAAAGGUGAAGAAAACUGUGUGAGUUGGGUCUCAAAGGAAGAGGGAACUUUUAAAUUCGUCGACUCCAAAUUGGCUGCAAAACUCUGGGGCCAACGAAAGAACAAACGUAAUAUGACUUACGAAAAGCUGAGUCGGGCUUUACGAUAUUACUACGACCGACGAAUUAUGUUUCACGAAGAGGGACAGAAGCUUAUCUACAGGUUUGGAGAGGUUGUUAUGAAGAACAGAAGACCAAGCACUGAGGAAUCUUCUUCACCGAUUGUCAACGAAACAAUGUAAGCCUCUGCGGGGGUUAGAGACUUUGAUCACGGUUUGUUAAUCAUGUGAUCAUUUUUUAACUCGAAUUACGCGAAUUUUGGUAACGAUUGCAUCUUAUUGGCUAAUCUUGUCGUACGUGGAUGGGAGUUUCACGUCGAUUUUUUGCUUUUUUAAAAUGCAAGAGGGAGACGAAAAGUAACAAGUUGAUUGUUUCAAAGAUUGAUUGAUUGAGAUUGAUAAUUAACUGACUGAAUGAAGGUUACAUGAUGCAAUACUGAUUGGAUGGUUAAUUGAUUGAUUGAUGGGUUGAUUGAUGGAUGGACGGAUUGAUGGUUUUGUCAUGUUACAAUUCUACACUUAAUGGGAAGGAAUAGAUCAUGGAAUUCCACAAUCCCCCAGAAAAUCUUCUAAUAGGAAAAACAGCAAAGCAUGACGUUUUCUAAAGAUUUUAAUAACUUUUUUCUGGUUUUCCGUUUAACUCCCAUGACUGGCCAUAGCAUAAUAUCUCGAUGAUUGAAAGUUUAAUUGUUUGCCUCACGAAAUAAAAGUAAGGGUAGUCAAUCGUGUAUUGAUCGAGACUUUCUGAUCAGGCAAGUGUUGGGAAUAGAAAACAAAAUAUUAAUUAGGAGGUUAUCAGUUGAUCCAAUCGCAAUAUCUCUUAACUAACAUCAUAAGAAUUGUAUCGCAGGUACAAGGGAGAAUUAUUUACUGAGAUUUUGGGGGUGAAAGAUGAAUUGAGAAUAGAUCGUCAAAGAUGGAGAAAAUUCGUCUGAUUGUGAGCCACGAGCCUGAAAAACUUUAAGCCGCAUUUUUUUAACGCACUCAAAAGUGCGAUGUAUAUUCCUUUAAAAAUGAUUGAGCACAUGCAAGCU